CUCUCUGCCGUCGGUGAUAAGCCUCCGGCAUCCCGGCACAUGUACGCGCUCGUUGUUUGGUCGGCACACAACGCAUUCGAACGCACUAUAUAUACAUACGGUAUUUUUUUCUCCGUUUCGGUCGCGUCAUUAUAAUAAUCCCGAAAAGUGUCACGAGCCCGACCCGGCACGCUCAUGCAUCCGCCCGCCAUAAUACAGUCGUAGUCGUAGUCCUCCGCGUGCACCGUCCAAGACACGUCCUCCGCGCUCGUCUUCCUGCCGUUAAAAUCAGGAAUUCGAAUUUUAAUUUUUUGUUUUCCGUGCCUGUAUUCGAGUGUGUGCGCCUGUGGUGACGAGAGUUUUUCUCUACUUCUCUGUCGUCCCCGUCCACCGAUACCUUGAGGCAGCGGUGUUCGUUAACUGAAAACACUGAGCGCUUUACACAUUAUCUUCCAGGAUCCUCUGAAAAUACGUGCGGCGUUUCGACAAUACGUAAUAUUGUAGUCACCGAGACCAGAAUGACGACGCGUCGUAAGUUCCUACUGUUGACGGUAAUGUUUUUGGCCUUAUACGGUACCGCUGGAGCCCAGUCACGUGGCACCUCGGGGCCAGUCGGCCGGAGCAUUUGCGACACUUGCGCGUGUGCCCCCGACAACGUCACUCCCGUGACGGUCAACUGCACUUGUACGAAGACAAAAUUGCUGAUCGUCCGGGAACAGGACACCGCGAUUCUGUCGUCUGUCCGGGAUUUGACAUUGGCCAGUUGCGGCUUCGUGUCGCUGCCGUCGUCCGGACUGUCAAGCUCGACGUCACUCGCCCGCGUCACGGUGCGUGACAUGAAACUGUUCCACUACACGGCCGGCUUGUUCCCGGCACUAGAGAGCCUGUCCGUCGAGGACGUCGGCGAGCUGGUACUCGACGGCUUCGGGCCAGCCAACCGGACGCUCCGUCACCUGACGCUCCGACGCACCACUGUCAUCAGGCUGGUCAAGGGCACGGUGACGGCGGCCGCACCACUUCGCCGGGUCCUGUUCGACCGGGUGGAAGUGGACGAGAUCGAAUCUGGAGCUCUGGCCAUGUCGUUCGUUAGUGACGGCGACAACGGUCAACAGGCGGCCGCCGACGGGUUCACGGUCGUCGAUUCUACGAUCAAAUUGGUGCAGUCAGGUGGCGUGACGGUACGGUCUGGCGCCGUCAGGAUCCUGAACAGCACUCUGGAUGAUUUAGCGUCUGGCGCUGUGGUAGUGGACGACGCGCGUGGUGGCAUCCGGCUGUCCGGCAACCGUCUUGGAGCGAUAACUGGUGACAGCGUGUCCGCGGUCCGGUGGGACGGUGAUGCAGCUGUACACGUGGACGGAAACGCGUUCCGCACACUUCCGGCUGACUUGCAGCUUCUCCGGUCCGAGCGGCCCGCCGAGUUCGUCGGCAACGACGUGGAUAACGUGGAUCUGGGCCCGUUCCUUUUCGGCCUGGGGCCCGCUGUCCGGGCGUCCGACAAUCGGUUCACAUGCGACUGUGACCCGCGACACAUUAGCGUGCUCAAGAUCAACCAGGUGUUCCCAGGCCUGCUGCAGCCGGACGUCGACAGCCGGUUCGCCCGUUUGCUGGCUGACAACUACUGCCGACAGCCGGCCAACAUCACGCUUGCCGGUUACAGGGACCUGCUGGUCAGGGAGAUUGUCUGCGAGGGUGCCAACGUGACCGCGGUCCAGCCGCCACAGUCACCUACAGCCCAAUCACCACCGUCCAGUGAUGUCACGGCCCCUAACCGUGGUAACACGGUCGCCACCUCCACUGCAGUGUACGUGACCGCAGCCACCGUCGCCACUUCGUUGCUGCUGCGCAACCUAUCUGUCAGCUGAACGCCUUUAGUGGUUUCCUAAUUCAAUUUUUUAAUAUUUUUUAUUUUAAACAUCUUUUUCAUUUUUUUUUACGUCAGAAAACUCUAUACCAUCGCAAUGCCGAACGGUUUUUAAACUUAAAAUCAUAAUAAUAUAAUGGUAAUAUAGGUAUUAUUACUUAAAUCGGUUUCAAUUUUAUUUUUAUUUUUAUAUUCCUACUUUGAAACUGUAUAGGUACAACCGAUGCGCUGUUCCUCCACAUAUAAUAAUAAUAAUAUUAGAUAUUAAAUUUGUAAAUAAUAUUAUGAUAUAUUUAGAUAAACAGUGUAAUUUUA